AUGAAAACACUCAUUCUGAACUUUUCGCCUAAAGGCGAUACCGAGCUGAUCCUCCGUCGUCCUAACUUUCGGAAGCGCAAUGACUCCAAAGAGGCCAAGAAUGAGGAUACAGCAAUUGAGACCGCAAUCGAGGAUGAAGUUGUGAAAUCGGAUGAUGACAAAUCUGAAGAUGGCCAACCCACAGAAGAUCAAACACAUGUUCUUGAAGUGUAUUCUGAUCGGUCCUCUUCGGUACACAACACCGAUGACCUGAAAGCGCUGAAAGCCUCUGACGAGAACGGCCUCUUUGUUGAAAUCCGUUUCCGGGUCUCAUCAGCACACCUCAUACUGUCAUCCCCUGUUUUCAAAGCUAUGCUCGACGGCCCCUUUAGCGAAGGUAUCCGCAACAACGAUAAUUUCUUUGAGGUCAAGGCUUUUGAAUGGAAUGCAGAGGCGCUGGUAAUUCUUCUGGAUAUUAUCCACGGGCAUCAUCGAUGUCUUCCAAAGGACGUCGAGCUUGAUAUUCUCAUUGAGCUUGCGAUGCUAUGCGAUUAUUAUCGGUGCGAAGAGAUCGUGGAAGUCUUUGCAGAGCGGUGGAUAGCGGCAUUUGGGGAAGAUAAGCCGCCGUAUGAAGAUGAAGCCACUAUGAACUGGAUGUUUAUCGCUUGGGUUUUUCAGAAAGGAAAGCUGUUCACCAGCAUGGUAGCUGCGACGCUGCAGCAUAGGAAGAUCCCUAUGUACACAGACCUGCCAUUGCCAAGUACUAUCGUUGAAAAGGUGGAAGCUCAGCGUGUGAAGCUUAUUAAUGAAGUCCUAAAUAAUCUCUAUGGUCUUCAGGAGUCACUCUUGGUCACCAACGAUGACUGCAAGCGGGAAUGUGCAUCAAUGCUUCUGGGCUCACUUAUGAAGCAGAUGCGUGAAGCCGGACUUGAGAUCCUGAAGCCCAACGACUUGUCAUCAACAGUCCGCAGCGUUGUGGAACUGAGAAGGUUUGUAUCGGGGCUCGAAACCCCUGUCUGGCAUCUUGCUGGGGGGUACGGUGGUCCACUCAAGCAUGAUUGUUCUCUCAAGGAUAAGACAAAGCCGUGGAUGGAUGAUAUGGCGAAGACCUACAUGGACGGGUUUCGGUUCCAGGACUUUAACGGCGCUUUUACUUCUAAGGGCGUUCAGGACUAA